GCCACACUGGGCUGGCAGCGUUCACACGGGUAAGACGCAAGAGUCACAAGGACUAUUAGCAGUACCAGCAGCAGCACCAGCGGGAGAGGCCAGCGAUUGUUCAGAGGGAACACGAGACUCAGACGCCUCCACAGCAGCGGUAGCAGCUAAUGCCACAGCAGCAGCAGCUCCACAGCUAACGCAGCCAGCCGCCCGCAGCAGGAUGGACAUGGACCCUUACGACGAUAACCAGAGCGACAGCGGCGUCUCAGCCGACUUCUCCCCCAGCUGCACGGGGGAGAUCUCCGGCGGCACCCCGGAAGUCUCGGCUUCUCCGGAACCGGGCCAGACCCCGACCCAGGCCCGGACCGGGACCGUCACCAAGCCUCCCCGCACGGAGACCCCCAUCGAGCGGGAGAUCCGUCUGAUCGCCGAGCGCGAGCAGAGCCUGCGCCAAGCCCGCGGCAUCAGCGUCAAUGACAAGGCCCAGGAGUUCGUGGAGAUCCCCAUCCGACGGCCCAUCCUGUCCUCCCCGCUGCCGCCGUCCCGGGCCCUCAAGGACAAGGGCGUCAAGGACCGGCAGUUCGCGGGCAAGAAGAUGCAGCACGAGAUCAGCGUGGAGACACGGCGCGAGCAGGAUCUCAUGCAGCUGGGCAGGGUGGUUGGCACCUACGAGAAGGGCUCCGUCAAGCAGCUGCGCGAGAGGAAACAGCUGUUCGAGCUCUUCCAGCAGCCCAAGGAGGAAUACAUACCCAUCACCCCCAAGCAAAGGACCCCUUCCGGGUCGAUCAGUGGUCUGUGCAGCCCAGGGCCGAGAGAUGACGACGAGUUAUCUUCCGCCUCGACGUUCAGCUUUCCUUCGAUGGCAGAGCGCAGGCAGAGCCAGGAGCUGGUUCUCUCCUCCCCGCGCCAGAGUCCUCCACUGCCCCAGGCGACCUCCCCGCCUCCAGCCUCUCCCACCUCACCUCCACCCUGUGUGGGCCCAGGCCUGUCGGAAGGCCCCAGCAACCCAAUGAUCAUCCUCGAGGGCCUUCAGAUCCACCCAGAUAUUCUCGCCGACGUCCCCGCAGCCGUGCCAGCGCCGGCUACAGCAACGUUGGAAGUGGACUACCAACCCCCAUGUGCUGUGCCCCAAGAGCCCCAAGAACCCCCAGAAGAGGUUGAGGAGGAAGACGGGAACCUGGUGAGGGACAACCCCUUCUUCAAGCUGAGGUCGUCCGUGUCGGUUCACCCGGAGGUGGAGCAGGAUAUCCGUCGGGCCCAGGAGCGGGAGAGGGAGCUGCGCAAGCAGAGGCAGAGGAACAGCCUCUACUACCGGGGGCCGCCGGGGUCAGCCGAGCCCCUGAUGUCCCCCACGUCUCCCACGUCCCCUACGUCCCCCACACCCCCCACAUCCCUCACCAAGGAGUGCAGAAGUCCAGUGCCAUCACAGAGCAGCUCAGCUUCAAUACCAGCUCAGCGCUCAUUCGGGAAGACCAUAGUCAUCACACCUCGAAGCCGGUCAGACUCGCCUCAGAUGGACCCAACAGAGGUACUUAGGAGUCCUCCCGCCAGGGCCCCCCGGCAGAAGACUCCCCUUGUGCAGCGCUGGGAGACGGGCAUGGUGAACGGACACAGGGACCAAGAGGACUGAGGCCUGAGUGACGCCCUGUGGAUAUGAUAUUAUGGGCACACAGGCUGCUACAGUGCAUCAUCCCAACUCUUCAAUUUCUGACUUCCUUUGACCAGACUGCAAUUUUUGACAUCUUGGGUAUACCUUCCACGUCACAUGUUGACUAUGUAGCCUUAACCAAAACCUAUUCCUAAACCUAACCUCAAUGAUGUUAUGUUGCAACAAGGGGGGCGCCUUCGAGGACGAAAUCACACGUUGACUCCAAAAGCAUACCUCAGACUGAGGCACAGGCUACAGUGCAUCAUCCCAACUUGUCAAUUUCUGACUGCCUUUGACCCGACUGCAAUUUUUGUGACGUCUAAGGUAUGCCCGCCCUUGGAGUCAAAAUGUGACGUGUGCCUCAAACGGCGCCCGCUUGUGGCAGCGUAACUUCACUGACGGUUAUCAUUAAGGGAAAGGUCUAGGUUUAGGCCACCUAGUCAACAUGUGACGUGGCCGGUAUGCCCUCAACGUCAAAAAAAUUGCAGUCUUGUCAGAGGUAGUCAGAAUUUGACGAGUUGGGAUGAGACUGUGUUGCAUGGGAAUAUGAGAGCGGGAGCUCCACACACUGGGCAGAGGUGGACGCCCACACUCCGGGUUCAAGAGACUCUCAAAACUCCACACCACAUUUUUAUCCCAGCCCAAUUGACUGAAUCCCAACUUGACCCUAGGUAGAUGGACGAAUUUAACAAACUCCCCUGGGAUUGACAAGCAAAGACAGACCAAACAAACUACCAUGGUUGAACUUUAUUUUUCUAAUUUUACUUAUUUUUUUUCCGCUUCUGCCACCUGGUAUGUUGGAGAUGCCAUUUUGAAGGUUGCGGGGGGGAGAACUGAGACAGGCCUGUGACUAUGGACUGAGAAUGCGAGUGUUGAUGAUGAUGAUGAUGAUGAUGAUGAUGACGAUCCGAUUUUGAGGUGUGUGGAAGCCUGGCUACUCCCCUCCCACCACCAGGAGGACAUUAUAGGCUCCUGACCUAACUUCUGUGCCAUGAAAGGGUUAAUGACUUCCCCUGCUGCGAGUCGGCCCACCGCAACCCUAGCCACAGAUCUGAUCUGACAAUGGGUUGCCAGGGGUUACCCGCAGUGUUUAUAACCAUAACGUCACAAGGACAUUAACAUACAGUACCAGACCUUCACUGUUUUAAACACACCUGUCGACUACAGUAUAAUUUCAACGGCAAUAACAGUAUACUACUACAACAACACUGUUUUACUAUGACUAAUGUCAAGUAUUGAUGUCACACAACUACUGUAGAAGCCGUUCACUUGUGCAAUAAGUAUAUAAAUUAUUUAGUUUGGGUAGCUGUAAUAUUUAUGUUAUACAAUGUAACAGCCACGGUAUGUAUACAAUGACACAAAUUACAUUCUACUGUUUAAGAAAUAGCUGACUGUCGGAGAAAGCCAUUAAUACGUGAGUGAAAAAAGAGACCAACUUUGACUCACAUACUGUACACAUUUUGAGAGAAACAUUUACUAAUUUAUAUAACAAAAUAUCUUAUUAGCAAAAGAGAGACACAAAG